AUGAACGCUCUCCGGUCCAGUUCCGCAGUCGCUCGUCGGUCUCUUGCGACCCCUCCUGCCCCUCUCUCUUCUACUUCUCGUCUUAUUUCUUCCUCUUCCUUUACUUCUCCUUCCAAGAGAUCCAUCUCAUCUAUCUCCCUCUCUCAACGCACUACUCGAGUUGCUGCUUCUUCCCGCUGGUCCGGAUCGAUCCCUACGUAUCUCACUCAAACCCGCACUAUGGCUUCCGAAACCAAGAUCAAGGUCAAGACCCCUUUGGUCGAGUUGGAUGGUGAUGAGAUGACCCGUAUUAUCUGGCAAGAAAUCAGAGAAAAGUUGAUUCUGCCUUAUCUCGAUAUCGAUCUCAAGUACUACGAUUUGGGUAUUGAGUACCGUGAUGAGACCAAUGACCAGGUUACCAUUGAUGCUGCCGAGGCUAUUAAGAAGUACGGUGUCGGUGUCAAGUGUGCCACCAUCACCCCCGAUGAGGCCCGCGUUGAGGAGUUCAAGCUGAAGAAGAUGUGGCUCUCCCCCAACGGCACUAUCCGUAACAUCCUUGGCGGUACCGUGUUCCGUGAGCCCAUUGUCAUUCCCCGUAUUCCCCGCCUGGUCCCUGGUUGGACCAAGCCUAUUAUUAUUGGCCGUCACGCUUUCGGUGACCAGUACCGUGCCCAGGACCGUGUCAUCCCUGGCCCUGGUAAGCUCGAGUUGGUCUACACCCCCGUCGGUGGUAAGCCCGAGCACAUCCAGGUCUUCGAUUUCCAGGGUGGUGGUAUCACCCAGUGCCAGUACAACACUGAUGAGUCCAUCGCUGGCUUCGCCCACUCUUCCUUCAAGAUGGCUCUCAUGAAGGGUCUUCCCCUCUACAUGAGUACCAAGAACACUAUCCUCAAGAAGUACGAUGGCCGCUUCAAGGAUAUCUUCGAGGAGAUCUUCCAGAAGGAAUACAAGAAGGACUUUGAUGCCAAGGGCAUCUGGUACGAGCACCGUCUCAUUGACGACAUGGUCGCUCAGAUGAUCAAGUCCGAGGGUGGCUUCGUCAUGGCUCUUAAGAACUACGACGGUGAUGUCCAGUCCGAUAUCGUUGCCCAGGGCUUCGGCUCUCUCGGUCUGAUGACCUCCGCCCUGGCCACCCCCAACGGCGAUGCCUACGAGUCCGAGGCCGCCCACGGAACCGUCACCCGUCACUACCGCGAGCACCAGAAGGGUAACGAGACCUCCACCAACCCCAUCGCCUCUAUCUUCGCCUGGACCCGUGGUCUCGUCCAGCGUGGUCAGCUCGACAACACCCCUGACGUUGUCACCUUCGCCGAGGAGCUCGAGCGUGCCUGCGUUGAAGUUGUCAACGAUGAGGCUAUCAUGACUAAGGAUCUGGCUCUUGCCUGUGGUCGCAAGGACCGUGAGGCUUGGGUUACCACUGGCGAGUACAUGGCUGCCGUUGAGCGGAGGCUGAAGGCCAACCUCAAGGCUCGCCUGUAG